UCUAGUUCAUCGAAGAACAACAGACACAACUCGAAAGGAACGAAAGGAACGAAAGGAAAUAGAAAAUUAAAAUAUUAAUAAAUUAAAUACAGAAAGUGUAUCCUUAUGACAAACCAACAUAACUGGUAAUUAUCCUAGUAUACCAAACCAAAUAUGAAAGUUUAUAGCUUCACACUUAAACGCAUCUUGGAUAGCAUACCCGGUAAAAAACGCUUUGGUGUCUAUCGUUUUUUGCCAUUGUUCUUUUGUUUGGGAGCUGCUCUCGAGUAUUCCAUGAUCAAUUGGACUGUGGGAGAAACAAAUUUCUAUCGUACAUUUAAAAGACGUCAAGCCAAAAAUUACGUUGAGGAACAAUUGCAUCACAACAAUCCCGAAGCUGAGAAAAUUGCAGCGGCAGCACAAUAAUCCUUGAAGCAUAACUACGUUCAAAUAAAAAAAUCACAAUGCCAGCUGGUGUGUCUUGGGGCCAAUAUUUAAAAUUUAUGUCCUGUGCCGUUUUAUCAAUGAUGGCCGGUUCACAAUUGGUUCAUAUGUACUAUAAGCCUUU